GAGACAUUUAUUUGUUUCACGGUCCUAGCUUAGGUCCCGCAGGAUUCAAGGAAGCUUCGUCCUUUCUUUCUCAUUGUCUUCAAGGUCGGACCUCAUCCGUCUUUCUGAAAUCUUCCGCACUCUUCAAAUUUCAUCGCCUUUCUGCCAUUUCUGGAUGAUAUUUGGCUUUUUUUCCUCGAUCGUUUUACAGGAAGGGGUUCGUGAAUGAAUGAAGAACUUGGCCUUGCUCAACUCCUCCCAUCCAGCCAGGGCAGCCAUCAAUCUAAUCUGUCUACUUCUGCCCGUAGAAGGAACCCUCCUUCGCCCAAUCUAUUGCGUUAUGUAGUUGUUUCGAAUCUUAGAUUAGCUGAGAUACUCUCAUGAUGCAAAUGAGCUCGUGGAUGAUAGUUCUUUGUCCUUGUUUUUGUUCUUUCUCCCCCACGGAUCUCCUGAUUUAAAUGGGCUGCCCUAGCCUUAACCGCUGCCGCUUGUAUUCUCUCUUUGCCUCUGGGUCCAUCUUCUUUUUAUCAAUGUGUAUGGUACUGUCCCUUGCUUACUUUUCUACCGUCAACGGAAAAGGUAAUGCAUCCCAUGGGAAAGCUGCUGUCACACCCCUCAAUCUAGAUCUUUAUCAUAACAGUGGAGCAUUGCUGAAAAAAAUAGAGGCGUUGGUUCACCGGCACUCAGACAAACUCUCUAUCAAAACCAUAUCUAGUCAGAAUAAAGGGUACCAUGCUGAUACAACUGUAGUUACGUAUUGCCAGAAUUUGAAAGACUGUGAUUAUAGGUCAAAAGUUAGAAUUCUGCUGAGUUUUGGACAGCAUGGGAGGGAGCUUAUAACAACCGAGCUUGCACUAAAAAUUAUUUCUAUUUUAAGUGAAGAAGAAUUACCAAAGGAAUAUUCACAUACACUAGAUAACUCCUUAGAAAAGCUUGUUAUAAAGGUUGUUCCAGUGGAAAAUGUGAAUGGACGCAAGCGUGUAGAAAAGGGGGAGCUUUGUGAAAGAAGAAAUGGAAGAGGAGUUGAUCUCAAUAGGAAUUGGAGUGUAGAUUGGGGCAAGAAAGAGAAGGACUAUGAUCCAUAUGAAGAGAAUCCUGGGACUGCUCCCUUUAGUGAGCCUGAGACUCAAAUAAUGCGUAGAUUAUCCACAGAAUUUGAGCCACAUAUAUGGGUUAAUGUGCAUUCUGGAAUGGAGGCUCUAUUUAUGCCUUACGAUCAUAAGAACACAACUCCAGACGGAUUACUUUCCCAGAGGAUGAAAUUGAUGCUUGGAAAGCUGAACCAUUUACACUUGAAUGACCGCUGUUUGGUUGGAUCUGGUGGAGGCUCUGUUGGAUAUCUAGCACAUGGGACAUCAACAGAUUACAUGUAUGAUGUUGGGCGGGUGCCUAUGGCUUUCACAUUUGAGAUCUAUGGCGAUCCUGCAGCGUCAUCAAAGGACUGUUUUAAGAUGUUCAAUCCCACGAGCACAAACACUUUCAAUAGAGUUCUGAAUGAUUGGUCUGCUGUAUUCUUUACAUUGUUCAGUAUCAGUGCACACCAGAUGGAUGAAUUUCAUCCGAACGCUUCGGCAUCUAGCAAUUUCAAGAAGUGGGUUUCCAUCGACGACUACUUGAAUGGCUAUUUGAUGGAAAGGAGAAGCAGGUAUGGGAAAAAGAUGGAAGUGCUUGAAUUGGGAAUGCAAGAAAUGAGGACAUAUUUUAGGCUGUUCUUGUUAUCAUCAGUGCUACUGCUGUUUAUGUUUUGUUCUAGGAUCUCAAAGAGCAGUAGGCAGAUUGUCUCUGCUAUCCCCUUUUGAUAGCGCCCUAUAAAAGAGUACAGUCAGUUCUACUGAUCUACUACGUACAGAGAACCUUUGCGAAAAGGAAAAAGGAUUUAGAACUUGUUCUCUCCAAUUGAUUCUUAUUACUUAUUACUUAUUCUUAUUGGAUCAAAUCAGAUCAAAAUUAACUUUAAAUACCACUACAUUUAUAUUAAAAUUUAUUUCAAUCAGAUCAGAACCAAUCAAAUUAGCUGAAAAGAAAAAGCCCUUAUUUCC